GUUGAACGUGCUGGGGGACAUUCCAAUCUUACGCAGCAUGGAAUUUGUGCGCUCUUAUCAUCCUCUGCUCGGCCUCCAUCCAUCAUGAAGGCACGCAAGAUCACCUCACCGAAAUCCAGGACCAGAUGCUCCUCAACUGGCUGCCUACGUAUAGAAGGGAAUGUCGUGCGGGAUUACCAGCUAGCUGGCCUCCAACUCCAAUACAAACAUUUGCCUCUCUCUCUCUCUCGCCCACAGCCACCCCCGCAGCCAGAAAUGAGGUACGGCGAGCUGGCGCACCUGAGCCACCCGCAGCACCGUCUCCGGCUGGAGCACGCGGAGACGCCGUUCCGGUGCGAUGGGUGCGGCGAGGUGGGCAUCGGGGCGCGUUUCCGCUGCCCGCACCCGGGCUGCGACCACGACCUGCACCGGCAGUGCGCGCUGCCGGCGCCGGCGCCGCUGCGGCACCCGUUCUACCCGCGCUGCGCGUUCGUGUUCCUGGCGCGCGCGCCGGGGGGCGCGGGGGCGCGCUACUGCAACGCGUGCGGCCGCGACGUGGCCGGCUACGUCUACCACUGCCGCGCCUGCGGCUUCGACCUGCACCCGUGCUGCGCCGCGCUGCCGCACGCGCUGGACGCCGGCGCCGGGGUCAGGCUGCACCUGCACCCGGACACCGGCUCUGGCGCCGCGUGCCACCGCUGCGGGCACCGCGGCCGCGGCUGGAGCUACCGGAGCCAGUGCAGGUGCUACAGCCUCCACGUGGCGUGCGUCAUGGACAUGCUCGUCGAGAGCUGGCACUCCGUCGGGCGCCAAAAGGGCGACCAGGGGAUGGCGGGCCACGUGGUGGUGCCCGGCAGCGGCGGGUACUGGGUGCCGGCGAUGAUCAGGGGCGCGGCGAAGAGCAGCCACGCCAGCGGGGGAGGGAGGUACUCGUACUGGGGCAAGCACAAGGGCAAGGCCAAGCGCUGCUGCGAGAUCGCCGGGUUCGCCGCGCAGGUCGUCAUCUCCGCGGUGCUCGGCGAUCCCACCGCGCUCAUCGCCGGCGCCAUAGGCUCGCUCAUCGCGCGGUGACACGCGGACGCCGGCAUAAUAUGUAGUCCUUUUUUUUCUCUCUUUUAGACCAGUGGCAAACAUGUUUGUUCCUUGCA